UGGUUGGAAAGGACUCCCCCGCGGUCAAAGUCUACAGCCUCCACACGUACUCUAAAGUGCGAGUCGUCUUUUUCGAUGAUGACCACACACGCGGGUACUUCAAUGUCUCCCUCUUCGACAACAUACGGGAGAAUCGCGCCAUGAUGUUAUCCUUCCAGGACGCUGUGCGUGAUAUGCGGCAAUGGUGGAUCGACAACAAUAGGAUCGAGGCACCCAAAACUAAGGUCAGCGAGAAGGAUGCCGUCGCCGUUGCGCAUCAUAAAACGUGGCAGAACUUCCUGAGGGCCUUCAUGGGGAAGGCGUGCGAUAAGGCAUUCGUGAAACAGGCACUCAACAACGAAUACAGCAAGGAUUGGAGUAACAAACUUCGGGGGUACCUGAACCUCGCCACGUCCACCCGCACGGUUUGGCCGCUGGUGGAGAAGUUCUUCGCGAUGUUCGAGGAGGGUAAGCUGCCAAUCGACGACGGCAAGAUCCCGCUUGAGAUGCCGGGGAGGAUGGAGGGGCGCUUGCCCGGCCCAUACACUGACGAGAACAAGGGACAACGGACUUUGUACCAUUGCAUAUAUGCGAGAGAUGGUCCCAAGGCCUCCACCGUGUCCUGGAAGGAUUUGUGUCCUACGUACUUCAAGAACUUCGGGGACAUGACAUACCGCGAGAGAGAAGUCGCGCUACUCCUGCUCAUGUCAGGGAAAGUGGUGGCAACAAAAGUGAGAGUCACGCCUCCAAGGGUGAACACAGAGUGCCUCCUCGACAUUAUGCGCAAGGAGAGAUACAUGGUCCGCAUGUUCAACUACGUCGUGUUUCGCGCCGAGCAGACCACAUUGCUUCAUGUAUGCAUGCGGUCAAAGGAGGUUAUGGCGGCGCCCGUCGACAUCGUCGCAGCCGCACAAAAAAUGACAUGCAGGGCCGCCAUCGUGGACAUCUCGGCCGCGAAUUUCAAGAUUGCAUGGACCUCGCAGGACUUCGAUGCUCUUUACGCAAUGAUGGCGAAGUGUUGUGGUCCAAAUUGGGUCCUCUUCUUCUUUGCACCGCAGAAUGUGCAAAGCGAUGUCUUGAGUCAAUUGUACCGUUGGGAGGAAAUCGAGCUCAUCCCCGGGUCAUGGAAACGCGUGGACAGGCCGCCGAGCGACGUCACAAAGUACGGCAACAUCGCUACGAGCAGUCGGGACCUGAUGGCGAUCGUGCUGCACGCUGAAGGAGGGGAUCUGAAAAAAGUAACUGUCGCAUCCCGACUUCAUAACGAUCUCACUGAAGUGCAUAUUGUGGAGGAAAAGUUCGGGAAGUGUCUCGAAAAACACGGUGGCGUCGAAGGUGACGAAAGUGCUGCAUAUUCAAUUUGGGAGCGAGAACCUGGCAAGUUGUGGAAGUUGUGCAGUUCAUUCGUAGGAGAGGCGGAAGGUGUGUUUUUGCUGGGUAGGGCGCACGCGGGUCUUGUAUGGAAGUUAUUGCUUGCAGGUAAUAAUGUGAUUGCCUGUGACGAGUCGGCCAAGAACAUUGCAUACUUGACAAAGUUCGUCGACAUACUUGUUAAGGAUGGGAGAUUUGAGUGCCGCCUCGAGAAGCCGCGUGCCACACAUCGCACGAACAGGGAUAUGUACCACAAAUUGGGACCGAAAAGACUGAAGGUGUGGGAAUACCUGUUCCGCGAUGCGCCGAAUGGACGCCUUGAUGGGGGAUACAUAUAUAGGAAAGCGAAGGUGACGGAGGCCCUCAAACAUUAUCACGGUGCUCUAACUGGCGCCUUCGAGACAUUCGUUGCUCGAUGCGAGAUCUUGAGGUUUGAUCUUCACAAAGAUAAACUGACGUUUAAGGACUAUGCUGACCUCGCUAAAUCGGGUGAAGGCUUUAACCCCGUUGACAGCGAGGAAGACUCGUCGGACUCCAACCUCGAUAUCGAAAAGGACAUCAAUGCAACCGGGUGGUGUGGGAAGUCCGCUACUAUGGAGCAAAGCGUCAAGGGAUAUGGACCGGGUCAAUCAGAGGGAUGCUCGAACCUGCCACCCGCGAACAGUGUGGCCUCGGGUGUGGACCGGGUUGUAUGUAUGCCUGUGGAAGACGAUGAAGACAAUGAAUUUGAUAUUCCUGCUCAGCCAACGAAGCUGGCGCCAGGCGAUCCGAUUCCUCCCAGAUUUUGUGCAGAUCCAAACAAUGUGUAUUUCUUAGAUGACAAAUACUCCUGCACUACUGAGGACAAGUGGGGCCAUGAUAUCAUUUGGCAUGACGGCAUUUUCGAGCCAUGUAUCCAAGGCGGGGAGUGGAAAAUGGCGGUGAAGUAUUUAGAGUACUCACACAAGUUUUACGAGCUGCAGUCGAGCCCCUCGUACGGCAAGAUUGACUGGAAGGUUGAGCGCGCCGCCGCGCUCGAGAGCAUGGACGUGGACUCCCGAGAAGAUGCCGCCCCUGUGCCCGAGGCGGCCACAGGGAACACGAUGGGUGAACAAAGGGAAGAUGGCGGGACGACGUUGGGCAUGAAGCCUCCGUUGCCAGAGGCGGGGAACAUGCCCGCAGGCAAAAACACCAUCGGAGCCAUCUCUGUCACAACGGGGGAUACAUCACAAGGUGAAAAAGUGUCACUCGACAAGCCGGCGGAUGCGGGCGCCACAUACGGGAGUCUCCUCGUGACAGGUGCGGCGUUGGCAGGCACAUCGGAGAUGGUGUCAGAGUCCACUGCUGGGAUGGGCGUCACGAGGAUGUCGUUGCAUCUGCCCACAUGCGCUAGCAAAGGUGACGCACACUGUACAACAACACCACAGGGAGGGGUCACAGGGGAUGACGGGAAUGGGGGAAAUGCAGGGGGGCCUCCACGUUCUCGCAAUAUUGAAGACAUGAGGACGGACGAUGAGGAUGGGGUAGAAGGCGGAAAGGGCGUGAGCGAUCCCACGAGUGCAGAAAAUGAGGGGUGAGACAAGGAAUGAACUUGAGGGAAAUCC